UGGUCAUCCCUGUACUGUGUCCGCAGUCUCUGGUCAUCCCCUGUACUGUGUCCGCAGUCUCUGGUCAUCCCUGUACUGUGUCCGCAGUCUCUGGUCAUCCCUGUACUGUGUCCGCAGUCUCUGGUCAUCCCUGUACUGUGUCCGCAGUCUCUGGUCAUCCCUGUACUGUGUCCGCAGUCUCUGGUCAUCCCUGUACUGUGUCCGCAGUCUCUGGUCAUCUCCUGUACUGUGUCCGCAGUCUCUGGUCAUCUCCUGUACUGUGUCCGCAGUCUCUGGUCAUCCCUGUACUGUGUCCGCAGUCUCUGGUCAUCCCUGUACUGUGUCCGCAGUCUCUGGUCAUCCCUGUACUGUUCAGUCUCUGGUCAUCCCUGUACUGUGUCCGCAGUCUCUGGUCAUCCCUGUACUGUGUCCGCAGUCUCUGGUCAUCCCCUGUACUGUGUCCGCAGUCUCUGGUCAUCCCUGUACUGUGUCCGCAGU